GGAAUCUCUCUGUGGUUUUAUUUUGACCGGAUCCGGGACUUUAAACCAGCCAUGGUGGUUCGAGCUUCUCCGAACCGGUUUAUUUUGCUUCUUAUAGCGCUCCAGGUUGUUCUUGUGGUGAGGGCAGGUCCCAGAGACAAACUGGUGAGGAAGAAAAGAGAAUGGAUUCUCCCUCCAAAACCUCUGAUAGAAAAUCAUGAUUACACUAAGCAGGAAUCUAUCGCCAGAAUUCGAUCAGACAGAGAAUUUGACGAACCGUUUUUCUACUCAUUAGAAGGCAUCGGUGCAAGCCUACCUCCCUAUCAUGUGUUUGUGGUUGACCCUAAUACUGGAAAUGUUCGUGUGACCAGUAAAUUGGACAGAGAGGAAAUCGCUGAAUACAUUCUGUCAGGGGUUGCUAAAUACAAAAAUGGCACUGAAGCAGAGAAAAAAAUCGACCUCCGAAUCAAAGUUGUUGACGAGAAUGACAACCCUCCAGUCUUUGGACAAAUCAAGCCUGUUUUGGUGAAUGAAAACAGUCCUAAAGGAUUUUCAGUCACAAAAAUCAAUGCUACUGAUGCAGAUGAGCCAGGGAAUCUAAAUUCAAAGAUUGCCUAUUUCAUUAUCAGCCAGGAGCCAUCAGAAAAUGUUUUUAGCAUUCGAAGGGAUGGUACCAUCUACGUCGAGAAGCCUGUGUUGGACAGAGAGAAACAAGACCAGUACGUUCUGAUGCUGAGGGGUGUAGACAGAGAUGGAGGCAUAGAUGGACACACCUCAACAGGGACUGUUACCAUUCAAGUUCAGGAUGUAAAUGACAAUCUACCAACACUGGAGAAAGAUGAGUAUGAUGGAAGUAUUGAAGAAAACGAGUCUGGUGUGGAGGUGAUGAGGAUCAAAACUGAAGACCUGGACCUGGAGGGGACAGAUAACUGGGAAGCUGUUUUUGAUAUUGUCAAAGGAAAUGAGGCUGGAUAUUUCAGCAUAAAAACAGACCCCGAGACCAACGAAGGCAUCCUGAUGCUGGACAAGCCUGUGGAUUAUGAAGAUGUGAAGAACCUUGAACUGGGCCUGGUAGUGAGGAACAAGGCCCCACCUUCUGAUGGAUCUAAUCCAAAUGGAGCUGGUGUUGGAUUGGGAGGAGGAGGAGGAGCAGGUGCAGGUGCCGGUGCUGGUGCCGGUGCUGGUGCCGGUGCAGGUGCAGGUGGUGGUGCCGGUGCAGGUGCUGGUGCUGGUGCCGGUGCAGGUGCAGGUGCUGGUGCUGGUGCUGGUGCAGGUGGUGCUACUGGAGCCUCUGGUGCCAGUGGUGCCAGCGGAGGUGGAGGAUUUAAAAGUUACCCCAUAAAAAUCAAGGUGAAAAACAAGCCAGAGGGACCAAGUUUUGACCCCAAAGUUAAAGCUAUUCCCAUCACUGAAGGAGGCAACUCCCUCAACAUUAAAGAACCCAUUGCUGUUUACCCUGCCAUUGAUUUAGACACUGGAAAAACAGCUGAGAAUGUCAGGUAUGCCAAAGGCUCAGACCCUGAUAACUGGUUUACUAUUGACCCAAAGACAGCUGAGAUCAAACUGAACAAAAUACCAGACAGGGAGUCUCCAGUCCUGGUCAAUGGUACAUACUUUGCUCAAGUACUCUGCAUGACAGAUGACAUACCAACUAAAACUGCUACAGGCACCAUCGCCAUUCAGGUGGAGGAUUUUAACGACCACUGCCCCACGCUGACCAGCCACGUACAGUCAAUGUGCCUAUCAAAGAAUACUGUUAUUCUUAAUGCAAAAGAUGAGGACGUAUUCCCCAACGGUCCUCCUUUUAUAUUUACUGUAAUCCCUGAGGGCACUGACGGAAAAUGGCAAGUGGAGCACCUUAAUGACACGGCAGCCAUUAUGAGGACUCAGGAGUCGUUGUGGCCUGGUUUUUACAAGUUACAGGUUAUGGUGACAGACCAGCAGGGACUAGCCUGUCCAGACCCGAAGGAAGUGACGGUCCAAGUUUGCACCUGUGAGGAUGGAGUUGUAUGUGGACAAAGACAGACCAAAAACGCAGAGCUUGGCGCUGCAGCCAUUGGACUGAUACUUCUGGGGUGUUUACUCCUUCUGCUCAUUCCUCUGUUGAUGCUCUUCUGCAAUUGUGGGUCUCCUUCAAAGUAUCGAGACCUCUUCGCUGAUCUGCCUUUCGACACCAAGACCCACCUCAUGAGCUACAACACUGAGUGCAUAGGAGACAACACGGCCGUACCACAGAUCUCUUUACCUUUACAAAUGGACACUUAUCAACAAGUAGAGAUGGCACCUACUUUUAUUUCACCAACAAAUUUCCACUCCACUUUUGGGCUGAAUGAAAUGUCUGAGAUGAACGAGGCUGGCUUUCAAGAUUAUUACCAAAAAAACGAGAUGUGGGGGGUGAACCAUUUGGAGGGCAGUGGCUACUUCGCUGAGUCUGAAGGCAGAAAAUCAAGAGGAGCAGGUGGAUGGGCUUUUGAUGGCUUGGCUCUGCCAGACAACACCUUAAAGCAAUACUACAACCAGAAGACCAGUGGAGAUGAGAAGCAUAAUUUGAAGGAUAUUCUCAAGGUCUAUAACUACGAAGGCCAGGGCUCUGAAGCUGGUUCUGUUGGCUGCUGCAGCAAUUUGGAAAGUACAGAUGACCUGCAUUUCCUGGAUGAUUUAGAACAAAAGUUCAAGACUCUCGCGGAGAUAUGUGGAGGCACCAAGAUCGAAACUGAGAUUAGACAAGACGUCUCUGCUUUGCCUGCAGGUUCUGGGGCUAAGUUGAAACAAGAGGUUUCUGCUUUGCCUGCAGGUUCUGGGGCUAAGAUUCAAACAUCAGAAUCCCGUCCAGUAGCUGCUCAACAAAAGUCCCAGCCACCAGUCAAACUGCAGUCGACUGGGAAAGUAGACCACGUCGUGAGCGAAACCUCUGGGCGAUCUGAGACAAGGAAGGAAAGCAUGACCACGGUGAAGGAAGAAGUGUCCUCAGUGAAACAAGGGAUGGGAAAUCAAAACCAGAUGUUUGUGGUGCAGCAGCAGCAGCAGCAGCCUGUUUACUACACCACGGCUCCUAUGGUGCAGCCCGUGCACUACGUUGUUCAGCCAGCGUUUCAGAACGCCAUGGUGCUGACCGAAGCACCGGCCACCAACCUUCAAAACAUGAUUCUGGUGACCGGCUCUGAGGCCGGAGCCUCCCAAGGUGUUCUGGUUCAGGGCCAGACGGUGGUGUCCAGUCCACAAACCCAGGGCUUCAGCACACUGCUGAAGACCAGCGGGACCCUCGGGAGUCACACCAACCUGAUCGCCGCUGGAAAUUUCUCCGGGUCCCAAACUAUGAUGGUAGUAGAUGGCAACGUUCCAGCAGGCUCAGUGAAAAUACUCAAUGGGAGCCAGGCUGGCCUCAUCCAGGGAGGCGCAGUCAUGACAGGAGAGCUAUCAGGAUCUCAGAGUUACGUGAUGGUCGGAGAGUCGACAAACGGCAGAAAGCUUCAAGAGGCAAUAGGUGUCCAACUGAAGAAUGAGGGGUCUGGAUCACAGAAAAACCUCGACAGAAAGCAAAGCACAUCCACCGGGUCUCAAAACAGUGCCUCUUCCAAGACAGUAAAGACGACCACCACCGUUCGUAAAACUGUGGCGCAGAACAGCAGAGAAGACCAAUGAGACCUGCUGCCGGUCCACUGGUCAACAUGUGAGAGGCCUGCUGCUCUGAUCUGCUCCWGCUGGUGAUGGGAACUACAAAUCUUCAUUCAUACAAGACAGCUUGUUGUGGACAUGUACAGUGGUUUGCAAAAGUAUUCAUACCCCUUGAACUUUUCCAUAUUUUGUCACAUURCAACCACAAACAUAA